ACACGCUCCUCUGCCACCUGUCCUGUCCUGGGCAGGACAUCAGUGUCCAGAACACAUGGCUGUGCCUCACAGAGUCACAGAGAGCAGAGAAGAGGCAGCUGUCUCCCCUGAAGUGGUCAGCUUUACCCCGAAGCCUUUGCCCGUUAGAUAUUAUGACCAGGACACCAGCAGGCCUGUCAGCUUUUACCUGUCAUCGCUGGAGGACCUCCUGGCGUGGACGCCCUCAGGCGAGGACAGCUUUAAUGUGGCCUUGGAGCCCCGGGCCAGCCGCCAGCCCCCCCUGAGCAGUCCUCGGCCCCGGACUUUGCUGUGCCAUGACAUGAUGGGCGGGUACCUGGAUGACAGGUUUAUUCAGGGCUGUGAGGCACAGUACCCCUAUUCCUUCUAUCACUGGCAGUACAUCGACACCUUUGUCUACUUCAGCCACCACCUGGUCACCAUCCCUCCUGUGGGCUGGACCAACUCUGCCCACCGACACGGGGUCUACAUGCUGGGGACUUUUAUCACCGAGUGGACGAAUGGGGCCCUGCUCUGUGAGUCCUUCCUGGCAGGGCACGAGAGCUCGUACCAGGCCGUCGCUGAUAAACUGGUCCAGGUUGCCCAGUUCUUCCGUUUCGAUGGCUGGUUGAUCAACAUCGAGAAUUCCCUGAGUCUGGCUGCGGUGAAGAACUUGCCCAGCUUCCUCCGAUACCUGACGGCGCAGCUGCAUCAACAGGUCCCGGGUGGGCAGGUGCUGUGGUACGACAGUGUGGUGGACAACGGACAGCUCAAAUGGCAGAAUGAGCUCAACGAGCACAACAAAGCCUUCUUUGACUCGUGCGAUGGCUUCUUCACCAACUACAACUGGCACAAGGAGCACCUGCAGCGCAUGCGGGGUCUGGCGGGUGACCGGCUGGCCGAUGUGUACGUGGGUGUGGACGUGUUUGGCCGAGGGGAUGUCAUAGGCGGAGGCUUCGACACGGUCAAGUCGCUGGAGCUGAUCCGGAAACACAAUUUCUCAGUUGCCCUGUUCGCACCCGGCUGGGUCUAUGAGCGUCUGGACAAGGCGGAAUUUUUCCAGAACCAGGACCGCUUCUGGAGUUUGCUGGAGCCCUACCUGCCCACACAUAGCAUCUGCUCUUUGCCCUUCGUUACCUCUUUCUGCCUGGGCCUGGGGCCACGGCGCGUCUGCUACGGGGAGGAAGAGGCCCCAGGGCCCUGGUACCAUCUCAGCGCCCAGGAGCUCCAGCCUCUUUUUGGGGAGCACAGGCCAGGAGGUGGCCUGGGCUGGGUGAAGACCCACUGCUGCCUGGCAGACGCCUGGCAUGGGGGCACCUCGCUGCUGGUACGGGGCCGGAUCCCCCCCGAGGAGGGCAGCGUGGCCGUCAGGCUGUUCACACUGCACAUGCCAGCCCCGCCCAGCCUUCUGCUGUCCCUUGUGUACAAGCUAGAGAGGCCCAAGGUCCUGGGUGUGGCACUGGAGCUCACCACGGCCCCCACGGGCAUGAGCGGCAUCUCCGUGCCUAACGAAACCAGGCACAGUCUCCAGCCGCUCUCGAAUCCCCCCCACAAGCUGUCCCGAUGUGGUCACUUCAGACGGAGUCUCAGUGGGGGCUGGAUCCAGCGAUGUUUUGAAGUGAGUCUCCAGGCCUGUGUCCUGCGGGACCUCUGUGUGCGCUUCUCGAGGCCUCCUGGCAGCCAGCAUGAAGACUUUGCCUGUCGCCUCGGAGAGAUCCAGGUGUUGGAUGCCAACAGCCUGCUGGCACCCUUGUCCCAAGUGCAAGCGGUGGCCGUGGCUCAGGUGUCUUGGCAGCAGGUGGCAGAGGGCUCCAGGCUCCGGCUCAGCUGCACCCUGCACUGGUCUCACUCCCUGUCCCAAGUCCGGCACUACCGGAUCCACUGCCAGACGGAGGACACCCCUGCCAGAGACCCGGACCCCGACCAGCCCGUGCUGCUGGGCCUGGCUUUUGCCAACCAGUACCGGGUGACAAAGCUGUCGGUGAAGUCUGUGGGGCCUGGCCAGGAGGCCCGCGUGGUGUUCCUGGUGGAGCCUGUGCCCAGGGAAGGGUUCCAGGUUCCUGAGGACGAGUGGGGCCGGGCCACCCUACUGUAUACCAUGCCCACAACAGGGCACCCUUGAAGCAUA